AUGUCACCUUCAUAUUUGUGGUCUAGUUUGGCAAUUUUGGUGAUUGUAAAUUGCGUACCAGCUAAUAGCGUCGUAAGGCGCAAUAAGGAACUGGUGGUCGAGAAGGCAAAAACUUGUAUAACAAACAAAACGGAAUCGUUUAUGCUUAAAUUUCCGGCCCCGCUUAACUUCACCUCCAUCAACAACAUUGUACGCUUUUAUGGCAAUUUUACCAUCACCGAAGAAAUUCGUUCCCCGCUGGAGGUCACCUUAAUCGCGUACCGGUGUACGACAAAUUUGCAGAACUGCCAAAAGUAUAAUGCGCUUCAAAUUACCAAGAUUUGCUCCUUCCUGGCCGACACCAACUCCUUUUGGUCGCCGUUUGUACAGAGCGUGCAGCCCAGACUCAGAUGCCCCAUACAGCCCAACACGUACUUUUUCAAAGACUCCACGUUUGAUUUAAGCUUUUUCACGAGCUUCCCGUUGGAAGGGUACACUUGGCAGACAACGAUGAAGCUUCUCUCUACAGGCUACACACCCAAAAGGGAGGUGUUUUGUUUCGCGUGUCAAGCCACUCUGAUACGAGGCCGCCGAUCAUAG